AUGGGAUCAACGCUUUCUUGCAUCCAUGGUAGCAGUGUCUCGCGGCAGGUGCAGCACCCAACACAGCCGGCGCCAGUCAGGAUCAUCGCCGCCGACGGCUCGCUGAAGGAGCUCCCGGCCUCUCCCCUCGUCGCCGUCUCCGACGUUCUCGCCGGCGACGCCGAGGCCGCGUCGUUCUUCAUGUGCAACUGCGACGCGCUCGACUUCAACGAGCAGCCCCCGGCUCUGCCCGCCGGCGAGCUGCUCCGGCCGGGGCAGAUAUACUUCAUGCUCCAGGCGGCGAUGCUCGGGCGCCCGCUGUCGAACGCCAGCAUGGCCGCUCUGGCGGUGCGUGCAAGCGCGGCGCUCGCGCCCCCCGCGGCGAAGAAGGCGCAGCGGCGGGGGCGGGGGCGCGGCGGCAAGAAAACGGCGCGCGUCAUCCCGGCCAUGCAAUAG